GUAGUUUGAAUAUUUUUACCUCUCCGCUGUUACACAUAAAAUCUGCCAGACCACAUUUGCAAACAUAAAAGUAUGAAAACAAGCCUGUUAUAUGGGAUCGUCGCGGACGAGAGCUCGAAGACCAGAGUCCGCUGCGUUUUCUGCGGUGUGUACAUUCCUAAAGCCAACAAAUGUAUAGAACAACACACCAAUGGCACCAGGCACAAGGAAAACAUAGAAUUGAUGUCCGAGAACGGGAUAAACUGUAACAACGACGUCCUAUAUUGUAAGCCAUGCAAGCGCACACUUAACGAAGACGAAUCGGUAACCAAGCACAUCGAUGGUGAUGACCACGCUAAUUGGAUGACCGCCAUGGAAGACCUCGUCGACGGUGAGUUCAUCAGCCUCGUUCCUUACUUAUCUGGGGAGAAGGAUGAGGUUUUCUGUGAGGUGUGCAACUGUAGUGUAGAGUGCACCCCACUUAAUAUAGAGGAGCAUGUUAAUGAUUUCAACCACAGGGCUAAUGUCUGUGAAAAACUGAAGCCUCUCAAUGGCAUAUUUGCAGUUGAAAAUAAUGAUGAAGUGUGGUGCAAAAUCUGCAAUUUGUAUCUUGAGAAUACAGUGAAAAGUAUUCUGGAGCAUAUUGAUGACGAUGAACAACAUAUGGAUUGGUUUGCUGAGAUUGAGGAUCUGAUUGAUGGCCAGGAUAUCUCGAUUGAGAGCUAUCUCUCUAAUGAACAUGAGAGUAAUGCUUAUUGUAACAAAUGCCAUGUGGAGAUAGGUUGCAAUGUACUGAGUAUUGAAGAGCACAUAAGCACUGAAAUGCACUUAAGUUAAUAAAUCAAUGACUUAAUAUUUUACAUGUUUAAUGGAUAACACCAAAAAUAUCUGUUUAUAUCUAGCUAGUUAGUUUAUUUGCAUGCAAGUAGUGGGAUAAUUCCAGUUUCUUCAACUAUGAGUUGAGUUGUAUGUACUGAAUUUGAUGUAAGAUUGUAAUAUAAGGACAUCUGAGUUAUAGUUGAAGAUGAUGGAGUUAUGAUGUUAGAAUUAAGGAGUUACGGAACAAAAACUGAGAACUCGGAUGAAUUUCAAUUCCAAUUUAAUUUAGUUUCAUUAAAUGGAUUUGUCGUUAUGUGUUCAGAUCUGUGUAUUUCAAACAUAUUUUUAAAGUGGAUGUAGCGGUUGUUGUUCAGGUUGGAUACAUUAUUCGUAGAAACUUACAAAAACUGCAGUUUGGCAUUACAGAAAAUGAAAAUUCAAAACGUGACUAAGCAGUCUUUGUUCCAACGCUCCUCAUGAUAUGCUAUAUUUAUUAGCAUACUUGAGCAAUGUGCCUAUACUAAAUGACAUGGUUAAUAUAUUGUGGAUGGUAUCCCAUAAGUAUGAGUUUAGUAAUAAUGUGUCAUAAACCCUUUUUUUAAAUAGAUCUUAUAUAGCUUGCGCCUUUGCAUAGAUGGACCUAGUGUUGUGUUGAAUUCUGACCUGUUACUAUUGAGUAUUUCUUACAGUGUUACAUCAAUGGCCCCACCAAUUGAAUGUGUAUUGUACAUGCUUAUUGAGUAUUAUAUGCGUUUAUGAAGUUGCUUCAAAUUUAUAUUUAGGGCUCAUCAUUGAAACUGAACUUUAAAACUUGAAUGAAAAUUAAUAUGUUAAACAUUAUACAGCCAGUUUAAUGGCCAAACCUUUUGUUAAAAAUGGGAUGUUGCAAGUUUUUUGCCAUCAAUAUGACAAGAAGAAUAUAUUAAGCAACUUUAAAUUGUAUAUACUAAUACUAAAGCUUCAAUUUCGGGUGACUUGUACGCAGCAGUGGAUGUGAAUAAGGGUUGAUGAUGGUAAAAACUAUUUCAGAUAAAUAAAAACCAGCUUAGAGAAAAACGAUUUUUAAAAGUAAUUUUUGCAUAAAGUACUAAGUAUUGCCACAUUCAUACUCUUAAAGACCAUAUUUGUUAGGGUCUUUGCUUUGUUUAUUUAUUAGUGAAGUAAAUUACAGAAAAACAUAAGAUUGUAACCAUAGAUUACUUAAAAGUUAUCAAGUAACUUCAACUCUUUGGCAAGGCUCAAUGUUGAUUUAUCAGUAUAUGUUACAGUAUUGACUGAGUGUUGAUCUGUCACACUUUGUCCCCUUUUGUGUAAUAGUAAACAUGUUAGACACUUCAAAUGUUCACUAUUCCUAUAAGUUGUGCUGAAAAUUGACACUAGAAAAAGACGCAAGCUACAUACUUCUUAUUGCACACAUUUUAUUCCUUCAGAAGUGAAUAUAAUUAUUAUUUUUAAAAGAUGUUUCACUAGGUAUAACAGUGGUUUAUUUUAUUGGAAUGUUAUUUCAUUUACUUUUAUUUCCAUGAUUAGUAAUAAUUUGAUGAACCUACCAUUUUUUUUGAAACAUGAAUAAAUGGUGGCACCUACACAAAAAGCAAUUGGUUUUUUUAUGAAAUGAUAAAAUUUAAGGGUGUUUGCAGUACGUUUUUUUGACAUACAUUCCUUUCACCAGCUUUUGUGUUCAAUUAAUUUUUAUAUACAUGAUUAGAAAGUUUUAAUGUAAUGUAA